AGAGUACUGGGAGCGGUUGGUCCUGUGUAAUGCCAUGGUAUGGACGUGUGAGCUGACAGGACGCCCCAACCUCACCUACGCUGAAGCUAGCGAGAGUGAGACCAAAGCCAAAAAGUGCCUUGCUAAUGUUCCUCAGGUAAUCCGGAAGCCCAUGCUGUACAUUGCCACCCUGACUCGCCGUGGACGUUAUGCAGACAUGAGUGAAGAUGUCUUCAACUUUGUUCGUGACCGAUAUUUUGUCGGGGAAGAAGUUGAGGCCAUUGUAAACAAGCAUUGGUAUGACUGUAAGGUGCUCCGGCCAAUAUACCCCACACUGGAGGAGAUAGCCCGCUACGAGGAGGAGAUGGCAGACUCCGAUGAAGACAACGAGGAGUCGACAAAGAAGAAAGAUGAACAGAUGCAGGUUGGUGAAGAAGAGGAGAAGAAGAGAACAGGGGAGACAGAGAAUGAUGAGGACAUACAGAUCAUUAAGGAAGUGACACCCAUCAAGAAGGCUGUGCAGGAGGAGGAGGAGGAGGAGGAGGAGUACCCGCCGUUUGCCACCUUCAAGUACGAGGUCAUCGAGAAGGAGCCGUGGGACUAUAAGCAGGCAAAGAAGCACAUAGUCUCCUGGGAACAGAUACGGCGCAUUAAGGGAACUUUCACCCGGGAGAAGUGUAAACUCUUCCUCAAGCAGUGUGUCCAGCUCUCCUCCUCUGGCUUUUGGGUCAUAAAAGAAAGAAUAUCCAAGAGAUACGACCUGGCCAACGUGAAUUACUCGGACGUGUUCCUGGGGGAGCCGCCAAGGUUCAGAGAGACUCGGGCCAAGAAGAUACCUGCCAGCUUAAAUCCCGACAAGGAGAAGAAAAAGUUGGCUGCCGAGAUGAGGAGGAGAGAGAAGAAGGAGACGAGGGAGAAGAACCCGGACGGAGACGGGAGGAAGCGAGGCAGAUCUUCCUUGAACGACGGAGAGAAGGAACGGAAGAAACUGAGUAAGGAGGUGAAGGACGGGUUGAAGUCUGAGAAGAAAGAAAAACUAAGAGAGGAACUAAAGCAAAGGUUAGAGAGAGAGAGAGAAGAGAAGAAGAAAGAGAGGGAGAUAAAGAAGGAGGAGAAGCGUCUACACGUACAGUAUGUCAAGGGGAACAGAACACGUGAGACCGACCUGCCAAAACCCAUUCCAAUAAGGUGCCGUAUCCCGGACGACCUGUUCAGCGACUUCAUCAUGGUGUUGGAGUUCGUCAACGUUUUCUCUGAACUUGUGGAGCUGAGAGACGUGUAUCCUCAGGGCAUCACCUUUGACAUGCUGGAACACGCACUGGUGGAGAAGGAAGUUGCAGGUGUGUUUAAUGAUGUGCUGCAGCUGCUGCUUCAGGGCAUCUUCACACUGCAGGAGGAGGAGGACGAUGAAGUGGAUGCUGACCCCACCGCUGAGGAAGUGAUGGAGACAGACACAAGCGACAUCACCAUACAGGAGGCAGUGAGGGUCGCCAACCGCGCAUCUACUUGGAGCCAGCAAUAUCAUGGACUGCCGCUUCAGAAGGUGCCGCUUGACGCCCUGACAGUCACUGAGGUGUUACGCUUACAUCUACUGGCAUCGGGGGCUACCAGUGUUGCCAAUGGUCGAUGGAGGCACUUGAACCGUGGAGGCUUCAAAAACUGGGAUGAUCCAGGGCUACAAUUCAAGCUGGAGGAACCCAUCAUAAUAAAAACUCUAUCUACCCAGACUAUAUUUGAUCUCUCCUUAGCGUAUAAGUUGAAGAUCCUGAGUGUACUGGUGGGCCAGAUCCUAACUUACGCCUCAGUGCGGGACAUUAUUGAUGACAACAUUGAGAAGCUGAAGGAGGUUAAGAAUAAAUUGCGUCUACAUCAACUGACCCAGAUGAGGAAGGAGAAGGAGAUCAAUGCUGCCAGGCUGCAGGAGAAGCGCGACCGUAAACAGAAGGAGCGCGAACGGCUGUUGAAAGAGGCAGAGAAGAAGGCCGCCGCCGCCGCCAUGACCGGUGAACCCGACAAGCCCAUCGAGCUGGAGGACGAGGAGGAGGAGGAGGAGGAGGAAGAAGAGGACGAGAGUGAGAAGGUGGCGCGUGAGGAAAAGGAAGAGAAGAAUAAGGAGGCCAGGAAGCAGGACUUUCUGAAGCGAGAGAGGGAGUUGAUGCAGCAGGUGCUUAAUAUGGCUCAAGGUGUCAACAGUCAACCUUUAGGCCACGACAGAGCAUUUCGCCGUUAUUGGCUGUUCAAUUCUCUCCCCGGACUGUUCGUGGAGGAUAACGAGCAGCACCCGGGAGUGUGUCGGCAGACUCCAACACCCUACAACCCUCAGUCCAAUCCCGAUCUUACCGACGCACUCGUGGAGGUGUUGAGAGUGCAGGCCAAGAAGAACAUGUCGGAAACUAUCGCCGAGAAGGACGACAAGAGCAACAGUGACAAGGAAAAUGAUGGCAGUGAGAGCCCCGCUAAGCAAGCCAAAGGCACUCCAAGUAAGAAACUGUUACAGACUCUCAAUCACAAUCAACCGUCACACCAGGUUAAGACGGAGAAGUGUUCGGUGUUGUCCCCUGACGGUGCCGAGUCGGAGUUGAAAAUGGACAUAAAUUUGAGUGGUGACGUGAAGCUGGAAACAGACGGUGAAGCUUUAGUUAUGGACGAUGACCGUAGUCCGAUGCCGGAUAUAUUUGGUCUGUGUACGGCUAAUCCCAGAAACUGUCCGGUGCAUUCGGAGAGACGAGAUCGUCACAAGUGGUUCUUUUUCCACAGUGUAGAAGACUUGAAUUCUUUAUUCAUGUCCCUUAACAGUAGAGGAUCCAGAGAAAAAGAGCUCAAGAGCGCGUUAGAGUGUUACAGAACUACAGUAGAAGCUUCAAUGAAGGCGUGCCCUGUGUACAAACUAGAUCCCUCCCAGUUAAAAGAACAAAAUAUUUGUAUAAAUGGUAUGGGAUGGCUGGUGUGCUCUCAGGGUGAAGGGGGACAUUUUGUUCCUCAUGGCCCGUCUGGUGACCCAAGGAUGGCUGGUGUGCUCUCAGGUGGAGCUCUGUGGUCACCAGCCCUCAGACUUAUGGCUAUUACUUCAAUUCUUUUAAUAAAAUGCUUGUCUUUCCAGGUGCUUAAUAUGGCUCAAGGUGUCAACAGUCAACCUUUAGGCCACGACAGAGCAUUUCGCCGUUAUUGGCUGUUCAAUUCUCUCCCCGGACUGUUCGUGGAGGAUAACGAGCAGCACCCGGGAGUGUGUCGGCAGACUCCAACACCCUACAACCCUCAGUCCAAUCCCGAUCUUACCGACGCACUCGUGGAGGUGUUGAGAGUGCAGGCCAAGAAGAACAUGUCGGAAACUAUCGCCGAGAAGGACGACAAGAGCAACAGUGACAAGGAAAAUGAUGGCAGUGAGAGCCCCGCUAAGCAAGCCAAAGGCACUCCAAGUAAGAAACUGUUACAGACUCUCAAUCACAAUCAACCGUCACACCAGGUUAAGACGGAGAAGUGUUCGGUGUUGUCCCCUGACGGUGCCGAGUCGGAGUUGAAAAUGGACAUAAAUUUGAGUGGUGACGUGAAGCUGGAAACAGACGGUGAAGCUUUAGUUAUGGACGAUGACCGUAGUCCGAUGCCGGAUAUAUUUGGUCUGUGUACGGCUAAUCCCAGAAACUGUCCGGUGCAUUCGGAGAGACGAGAUCGUCACAAGUGGUUCUUUUUCCACAGUGUAGAAGACUUGAAUUCUUUAUUCAUGUCCCUUAACAGUAGAGGAUCCAGAGAAAAAGAGCUCAAGAGCGCGUUAGAGUGUUACAGAACUACAGUAGAAGCUUCAAUGAAGGCGUGCCCUGUGUACAAACUAGAUCCCUCCCAGGAACCUGAUUUAGAUCAAUCCAUCCGCAAGUCACAGCGGAACUUAACAACCAAAAAGGAUGGAGACGCCAAUCUGAACUUCCCACCGGGGACGCCCAUUGAUGAGAUCCUCCAGGCCACCCUGCGGGACAUGGUGCUGGAGACUGAAGAGAAGAUACACAUGGGGAUGUUGGGUUCACUCCGUCUGGAGGACCGGGAGGCCUGGAGACGAGCCAUCGUGGAGGGCAGCUACCUCAGGGAGUCAGAGCUGGACUUUGGUGGCCGGAAGCGCAUUUCUCUGCUUAGGUUCUUCAGCAUGGAACUCAAGCAACUGUGUGACAUUAUCCUCAUGAAUAUUAAGUUGGAGUUGGUUCCCAAGGUCUACCACUGUAUGAGUCACUUCCCCAACAUCAUCUUCAAAGCCCCUGAAAUCAUGGACAAAUUGUGGGCAGAAAUUUGUCCCAAACCAUUCAUCACAAAACUCGGCCAGGAUUUUGGGUCGGUGUUCACCACUGCUAGCAGAGGGCUGGUCCUCAGAACAUCACUGGAGAGGGCGAUCUGCUAUCAUGGAGGUCAGGUGGCCACGUCAUCCUCCAAACCACACGCUCAGCAGUACCGGGUUCUCUUGUCUGUACACACCGCCCCCCUCAGCUGCUACAUCUGGCGAGGUCACGGAGUAUGUGGUCGCAGGCCGAGAGAUUUAUUGUUUGUUCGGAUGGAAGUUGGUCAAGAGGUUAACGGUGAACAGGAUACAGAAGAACUCUUGAGUGAGGUUUUAAAAGCUCGGGCAGUGAAGGACUUGGCUCAGGCUAUCUUACAGCUUGGCCAGUCUAUAGACCCCAAGUACCUACAGCCGCCACUAGGUGAGACAGACAAAGCUAGGAAGAUUCGUGAACAUACAGAAGAAAAGUUGAGACGGAGAAAGGAAGAGGAGGCAGCCGGGUCAGAGGGCGGGGACUCUGAUGAGGACGACAGUGAGAACAAAGUGGGGGAGCAGGUGACAGACAACGCCCUGAGGACACCCAUAGAGAGGUGGGAAGUGUCACUCAUGGCCAGCACAAAUCUCUCUCAACUGUGUUUACAUUAUAAACCUCUGGACAACUCAUAUCGUAUCCCGCUCUCAACGCCAUGUCUAUCUGUUUCAUUUAAAAAGACAAGAGAGAACAUGUUGCUGUGUGAUGGCUGUGACAAGGGCCACCAUAUUUAUUGUUUGAAGCCAAAGUUAAAGGAGAUACCCUCGGGCGACUGGUACUGUGAUCGUUGUAAACCAAAGGAGAAGCCAAAGAGUCCUCGUAAAAACCGUCAAAUAUACAAGGAUGUGUCGGAUGAUGAGGGCGAUUCGGGAGAAGAAUCGGAUGUAGAUGGUCACAGUGAAGAGGUCAACCAGGACUUGUGUUAUGUCUGUGAAAAACCCGGAACUUUGAUCUGCUGCGACACGUGUCCGCUCGCCUUCCAUCAAGAAUGUGCCGACCUUCGAAAAAUUCCCCGUGGUAGCUGGUCUUGUCAACACUGUCAAGGCAAUGCACCAGUCAGAGGUAAAGAAAGUCCUCCAGAAAAGAAGAAGAACAGUAAAGACACAAAUAAGGAAAAUAAUAAGAGCAAUAAAGAAAACAGAGCAAAGAAAGAGACCAAAAAUGCCAAGGAAAACAAAAGUAACAAAAAGACACCAAAGAGCACAGACAAGAUGUCCAAGUCCACCUCCAAGAGUAAGAAGGCCACUACUCCCUCUGAGAAGAAGAGGAGGAGUGAAGGAGACACUUCCCGAGUCUCCAAGAAACUCAAGGUGGAUGACUUUGAGUGUGGUUGGACACCACCUAAGCGUAGUACUGGUCGGCGUUCACUGGUCGAUGAAGACAGUGUCCUCAACUGCUCAGCGUUGGAGACUAUUCUGGAUGAGCUACAGAGACAACCUUCCUCCUGGCCUUUCUUGAAACCUGUGUCAAAGAAAGUUGUUCCUGAUUAUUAUGAAAUUGUCAAGAAACCGAUGGACAUCGGUAGAGUACGGGAGAAGUUGAACAGCAUGAAAUACGCCACAGACGACGAGUUUAUUGCCGACGUGAUGUUAGUGUUCCAGAACUGCCAGCAGUACAACAUGGAGGAGACUGAGGAGUACAAGUGUGGCACUGUGCUCUCUAACCUCUUCAUGAAGCGCAUUAGAGAAUUAGGUCUUAGUUAUGAGGGAGAUGUCAAGAAGGAAGCCAAGAAGAAGCGUUAAUGUACACUUCAUAUUAGUGUAUUUUGUAAAUUGAACUUAGUUAAAGGUCAACCCUUUCUGCUUGGAUGAGGGUCCGGUGCUGUGAGCUCCUAUACUCUGUAUGUUUUGUAAUGUCCUGUAAGGAUAAUCUUCACAAGAAGCUUGUACAACAAGUUGUUCUUCUUGUGUGUCAGCCAAGAAUGGUGACUGGAGCUGCACAAGACAUGGCCACUUGACACAAACUUGAGGUACGUGAGGGACUAACUUGUGUCACCUGGGUUGGGUGUAGUAAAUGCUAAAGCAUUUUAUGUAUAUACUCGUAAAGCAUAUUUAAAAUAUUUGUUAUAAAUCUGGUCCCAGAACAAGAGGUAAGGUUGUAUGGAGCUCUCUUGUAUUUGUCUCCUGUGCGGUGCUCAAGGAUGGAGUUGUCUUGUGCAGUUUAUGAAGGUUCACGUGUUCAUCUGGGUCAUAGUGCUGUCAGCUGUCUGUGUGAAAGUGUAUGAUAUGACUAUUCCACACAACUCUUUGAGAAAGACGAAAUGAAAGUAUUGUCAUAAUAAUAUUUUAAUAUAAAUCAAAGUUGGAAAACCAACAGUUAAAGCACCGGUAGUAGUUGAUUUUCUUGCAAGCACAAUGGACAAACUGGAGUGAUGAUUAUGAAUAACAAAUGAGAAGUAGGAAGUUUUUUGUGGAACUGAUGCUCUCUAGUAAAAUAGGUUCUUCAGCUACAGGUCUGGCCUUUUGUAUUCCAUGGAUUUUGUACCAUUAGAUCAUAAACCCUUUGAGCAGAUAUACUAGACAGGUACAGCAGGAGCACCCACUACAUUAUAGACAUUUUGACAGCAUAGUGCCUUAGUUGUGUUCUCAUGGUGAGUGGGUGAAUAUGUAUGCUAUUGUUUAUUUACUAUAUUUUCACUUGUUGAAGAAUUACUUAGAUUUAUUUUGUGAAGUUUUUAAGAUUUAUUAUUUUCAAAGAAAUAAGUUCCCUCUGUGUAGGAUAUGGUAAGUGUCAAAACUUGCUGCUCAAAGGGUUAAAAGUCUUGUGGCUGAUGGAACAGUUAGUACAAUAUAUUUUUGAGGGUAGUGUACCUUAGCCAGUGUCUCUGAGCCAGAACCUGGACAAUAAACUAAGAACCAAUCUUAUUUAAACUCUGGCUCAGUACCAGACAAUAGGAACCUCAGGGAAACUCAAAGGCAGAUGCAGAUAUUUUACUGGCAGUCAUGCCACCAACUUGUUAUUAAUGGCGUGGUGUCCAUAUAACGAGUGCUAAUACCAGUACUGCCAUUAAUGGUUAAUGGGUGCCUCAGUAUAGUGCUAAUACCAGUACUGCCAUUAAUGGGUGCCUCAGUAUAGUGCUAAUACCAGUCCUACCAUUAAUGGGUGCCUCAGUAUAGUGCUAAUACCAGUCCUACCAUUAAUGGGUGCCUCAGUAUAGUGCUAAUACCAGUCCUACCAUUAAUGGGUACAGCAACAAUGUCCAUAGCAAUCAAGCCUUUAAAAUGUGUAGUAAUGGUGUGUGUGUGUUGGAGUCUCCAGACCACCAUAGGCAUUAAUGGUAUGUAAGGAUAUUGUCUGUAUUUACUUUUGAUAUUAGGUCAAUGGUUCAGAACCUCCAGAGAUGAAGGCAGAAGUGUCAGAGUCUGGCACACACAGAAGACCAUCAGGAGCCAGUUUGACCACUGUCCAUAUCAGAUAAUAAUUGUCACGGGUCCCAGUGUGUGUUUGUUCUCGGUUAAUCCUCUACCACCGUUAGUCCCCAAUUGGUCGGGCAUUGAGCAUUUCCUUGUGUAAUUAACAUAACGUGUAUUUUUUUUUAUUCCUGUGUAUUAUUAUAAGUACUGUAGUGGUGAUCACUAUGAGAAAUUUUCAGUUAUUUAAGUUCACUACACAUUGUCAUCGUUCUUAAACAGGAUUUAUGAAAUUGCUUCUUGCAAUCAAUUACAAUUUUGUAAUAUUUAUUUUUUAAGCUUAAUGGGAUAUUUUCCAAACAAUAAUAAUAAUAGUUCUUGUAA